CCGGGCAGACAAAGGGCCUGGGCAAAUUCGCCGCCCGGCCUCCUAGCGCUCCGGGGAGGCGGCUGCGCCCGCGGUGGAUCGCGCAGGAGGCGUGCGCUGAGCGAGAAGCUGCGGCCGCGCGAGCGCCGUAGAGGAAGAGCCGCGAGAUGCGCCUGACUCACAUCUGUUGCUGCUGCCUCCUUUAUCAGCUGGGGUUCCUAUCGAAUGAGAUCGUUUCAGGACUGCAGUUCGUCCCGGACCGCGAGGAGUGGGAAGUCGUAUUUCCUGCACUCUGGCGCCCAGAGCCGGGGGAUGCAGCCGGCGGCAGCGGGGGCAGCGCGGACCCAGGCUGGUUGCGCGGCAUAGGGGGCGGCGGAGGCGCCCGGGCGCAGACUGCGGGCAGCUCACGCGAGGUGCGCUCUGUGGCCCCGGCGCCACUGGUAGAGCCCGUGGAGGGCGGGUCGGAGUCCCAGUUCCGACCUCCGCCGUCUGCAGGGGGUGAGGAGGACGAGGAGCUGGAAUCACAGGAGUUGCCACGGGGAUCCAGCGGUACUGCCGCCCUGCCCUCGGGAGUCCCGGCCUCGUGGCAGCCGCCUCCGGUCCCGCAGCCAGGGCCGUCCCCGUCCCCGUCCCCGCCCCCGCCCCCAGCCCAGCAAGCCGAACAAGACGGUGAGGAGGUGUUGCUGAGGAUCCCGGCCUUCUCCCGGGACCUGUACCUGCUGCUUCGGAGAGACGGACGCUUCCUGGCUCCGCGCUUCGCUGUGGAACAGCGGCCAAGUCCAGGCCCGGGCCCCACGGGGGCAGCCGCUCCGCGCCCUCCUGCACCUCCCGAUGCAGCCUGCUUUUACACCGGGGCGGUGCUGCGGCACCCGGGCUCGCUGGCCUCUUUUAGCACCUGUGGAGGUGGCCUGAUGGGAUUUAUUCAGCUCAAUGAGGACUUCAUAUUUAUUGAGCCGCUGAAUGAUACAAUGGCCAUAACAGGUCAUCCACAUCGUGUAUAUAGGCAGAAAAGGUCCAUGGAAGAAAAAGCCACAGAGAGGUCAGAUCUUCACAGUCAUUACUGUGGUAUCAUUUCAGAUAAAGGAAGACCUAGGUCUAAAAAAAUAGCAGAAAGUGGAAGAGGAAAGCGGUAUUCAUACAAAUUACCUCAAGAAUACAACAUAGAGACUGUAGUGGUUGCAGAUCCAGCAAUGGUUUCCUAUCAUGGAGCAGAUGCAGCCAGGAGAUUCAUUCUAACCAUCUUAAAUAUGGUUUUUAACCUUUUCCAACACAAGAGUCUUGGUGUGCAGGUCAAUCUUCGUGUGAUAAAGCUUAUUCUGCUCCAUGAAACUCCAGCAGAUCUGUAUAUUGGGCACCAUGGAGAGAAAAUGCUAGAGAGUUUUUGUAAAUGGCAACAUGAAGAAUUUGGUAAGAAGAAUGACAUACAUUUAGAGAUGUCCACCAACUGGGGGGAAGACUUGACUUCAGUGGAUGCAGCUGUACUUAUAACAAGGAAAGAUUUCUGUGUACAUAAAGAUGAACCCUGUGACACUGUUGGUAUAGCUUACUUGAAUGGAAUGUGCAGUGAAAAGAGAAAGUGUAUCAUUGCUGAAGACAAUGGUCUGAAUCUUGCAUUUACGAUUGCUCAUGAAAUGGGUCACAACAUGGGCAUUAAUCAUGACAAUGACCACCCUUCAUGUGCCGAUGGCCUUCAUAUCAUGUCUGGUGAAUGGAUUAAAGGACAAAAUCUUGGUGAUGUUUCAUGGUCUGCAUGUAGCAAGGAGGAUCUGGAAAGGUUUCUCAGGUCCAAGGCCAGUAACUGUUUGUUACAGACAAAUCCCCAGAGUGUAAAUUCUGUGAUGGUCCCCUCUAAGCUGCCAGGGAUGACGUAUACUGCAGAUGAGCAAUGUCAGAUUCUCUUUGGGCCCUUGGCUUCUUUUUGUCAAGAGAUGCAGCAUGUCAUUUGCACGGGAUUAUGGUGCAAGGUAGAAGGUGAGAAAGAAUGCAAAACCAAACUCGAUCCACCAAUGGAUGGGACGGACUGUGACCCUGGUAAGUGGUGUAAGGCUGGAGAAUGUACCAGCAGGACCUCAGCACCUGAACACCUGGCUGGAGAGUGGAGUGUGUGGAGUUCCUGUAGCCGAACCUGCAGUGCUGGAACCAGCAGUCGAGAGCGCACGUGUCCUGGGCUAGGUUCUGAACCUAGGGAUUGUAAUGGUCCCAGAAAACAAUACAGAAUAUGUGAGAAUCCACCUUGUCCUGCAGGUUUGCCUGGAUUCAGAGACUGGCAAUGUCAGGCCUAUAGUGUUAGGACUUCAUACCCAAAGCAUGUUCUUCAGUGGCAAGCUGUUCUGGACGAAGAAAAACCAUGUGCCUUAUUUUGCUCUCCUGUUGGAAAAGAACAGCCUAUUCUUCUAUCAGAAAAAGUGAUGGAUGGAACUUCUUGUGGAUAUCAGGGAUUAGAUAUAUGUGCAAAUGGCAGAUGUCAGAAAGUCGGUUGUGAUGGUUUAUUAGGGUCUCUUGCAAGGGAAGAUCAUUGUGGUGUCUGCAAUGGCAAUGGAAAAUCAUGCAAAAUCAUUAAAGGGGAUUUUAAUCACACCAGAGGAGCAGGUUAUAUAGAAGUGUUGGUGAUACCUGCUGGAGCAAGAAGAAUCAAAGUUGUGGAGGAAAAGCCUGCACAUAGCUAUUUAGGUAACCUGAGUUACAGACACAGAGACGAUCCAACUCUCCGAGAUUCUGGGAAACAGUCAAUAAAUAGUGACUGGAAGAUUGAACAUUCUGGAGCAUUCAAUUUAGCUGGAACUACUGUCCAUUACGUGAGACGAGGCCUCUGGGAGAAGAUCUCUGCCAAAGGUCCUACUACAACACCUUUACACCUCCUGGUACUUCUAUUUCAAGAUCAGAAUUAUGGUCUUCACUAUGAGUACACUGUCCCAUCAGACCCCCUUCCAGACAACCAGAGCUCUAAAGCACCAGAGCCCCUCUUCAUGUGGACACACACAGGUUGGGAAGACUGCGAUGCCACGUGUGGAGGAGGAGAAAGGAAGACAACAGUGUCCUGCACAAAAAUCAUGAGCAAGAAUAUCAGCAUCGUGGACAACAAGAAAUGCAAACACUUAACCAAACCAGAACCACAGAUACGGAAGUGCAAUGAGCAGCCAUGUCAAACACGAUGGAUGAUGACGGAAUGGACCACCUGUUCACGAACUUGUGGAAAAGGCAUGCAGAGCAGACAGGUGGCCUGUACCCAGCAACUGAGCAACGGAACUCUCAUUAGAGCACGGGAGAGAGACUGCACUGGGCCUAAACCUGCCUCUACCCAGCGCUGUGAGGGACAGGACUGCAUGACCGUGUGGGAGGCAGGAGUGUGGUCCGAGUGCUCUGUCAAGUGUGGCAAAGGCGUACGUCACCGUACUGUGAGAUGCACUAACCCAAGAAAGAAAUGUGUCCUCUCUACCAGACCCAGAGAGGCUGAAGACUGUGAAGAUUAUUCAAAGUGCUAUGUGUGGAGAAUGGGUGACUGGUCUAAGUGCUCAAUUACCUGUGGCAAAGGAAUGCAGUCCCGAGUCAUCCAGUGCAUGCAUAAGAUCACAGGAAGACAUGGAAAUGAAUGUUUUUCUUCAGAAAAGCCUGCAGCAUAUAGGCCAUGCCACCUUCAGCCCUGCAAUGAGAAGAUUAAUGUAAAUACAAUAACAUCACCCAGACUAGCUGCUCUGACUUUCAAGUGCUUGGGUGAUCAGUGGCCUGUGUACUGCCGAGUGAUCCGUGAGAAGAACCUUUGUCAGGACAUGCGGUGGUAUCAGCGCUGCUGUGAGACGUGCAGGGACUUCUAUGCCCAAAAGCUACAGCAGAAGAGUUGACCUCUAGCAGGCUGGCUGGCUGGCUCACAUUUCUUUGCAGUUACGUUAUUUAUAAGCACACACACUAGCAUGUCUUUCAGACCAAAUAUUAGCAGAUUACAUAUAAUUUAAUCAAAUUAAUUUAUUUUUCCCUGCCAAACAUCCAAUGUGGUAUUUGUUUUAGUAAUACAAACAUUUUGAUUUAUACUAUAAGACUUCAUAAAAAAUUCAUAUGAAUGAAUCAGUUGGAUCCAGUAACCUAAUAAAAAAAAAAAAGAUUAAAAAAAGAUCAUUAGACUUACAAACAUUUUUUUUUUAAGUUAAAAUUAGGGCUGUCUCUAAGGUGCUACUUUCCACUAAUACCAUUGAGUUAUCAACUACAUAUACUACCUUAGCAUAAUAGCUU